GGCAAUCACAGCACAGGACAAAAGUUUAGAGCAACGAUAUGUAGACGAACAUACGGCGCACUUUCCCACCGAGUUUUUGUUUGCUUGUGCGACUGGCUGAGUCCUAUUGAUUGUGUAUAAAAGUGAGGUAGGCUGCACUGAGGGGAACAUAAGGAGACGACGGAGGCGCUUCAGUCGAGAAAGAAGUGCCGUGAGAAAGAAACCGUCUCUCUUUCUCUCUCUCACACACACGCACACACACACACCACCACCACAGCCGCGCCCGGAUCACAUCCUCCAGCACAGCGCUCUCCCUGCUUCCCUGCUAUAGCAUGGCCAGUUCGAGUAAAGCGACUUUAAUCUUGCUCAUCUACGGAAUCUUAAUGCACUACAGCGUCUUCUGCACACCUAUCGGACUAAGUUACCCUAAGAUUAGACUUGAAAACGACGCCUUCGAUGAGGAUGGGAAUUCAUUAUCUGACAUGGGUUUUGAUAGCGAUCAGAUUGCUAUACGAAGUCCGCCAUCCUUGAACGACGACGCGUACACUCUAUACUACCCACAGGAGAAGAGACCAGAAAGGCAUGCUGAGGAAGAAUUAGAUAGAGCCUUGAGGGAGAUCCUGGGUCAGUUAACAGCGAGACAUUAUCUGCAUUCUCUGAUGACAAUUCGUGCAGGUGACGACAACAGCAUGGAGGAAGAGUCAGAGCCCUUAUCCAAAAGACAUUCAGAUGGGAUCUUCACCGACAGCUACAGUCGCUAUAGAAAGCAGAUGGCCGUGCAGAAAUACCUGGCAGCAGUUCUGGGAAGAAGGUACAGACAGAGAGUUAGGAACAAAGGACGCCGACUCGCCUACUUGUAGCGUUGUUAAAGCGCCCAAACUGCCCUCCUGUGUAUAUACAUCCAGUCGUUAAAUCAAAGUCAUUCAGAUAUAUCUGACCAACCAGUGGAUUGCGCCUGUGUUCUUUCAACAUGUAUUUAUGUAUGAAGUAAAGCCAUUAAAAUGAAUAUUUUAAUAAUAAUAUCGUUUUUUUUUCUUUUUGUACAAAAGCACUUGAUACCGCACAGUUAUACUUUGUGGACCAAUAUUUUAUUUUCAUGUUAAGAUGUUGAAAACAAAACAAACUGACAAAAAAAAAGAAGAAAUCAGAAAAAAAGAUAAUUGUGCACCUUCAACGUUAUGCGCUUGAAAUCUUUAAAGGUCAUCUACAUAUGCAGAAAAUAAAUAGAUUUUAAAAAGACAAUCAAAGUAUUGAAUGUUAUACUUAUUUUUGUAACCAACGUUCUAUUUUUUUAGUGUUGUUUGUUUUCCAAACAGGCCCAAAGAAGCAGUGAGCAUGCUAUGUGAUGCAUAUCCGGCUUAUCCUAAAUGAUAGAUGUUGCCCUUGUCCACCCUUCUCCUCGCUCCCUUAAUGGGAGCUCUGUGGGUUUGUAUAGCUUUCUGCCCCUCCAGGGGAAUUCAGAUGGCUUCUGUUGUACAGCCUCUCAUUCGAUGGAUAACUGAUUGACUUACACAGUCAUUCAUGUAACUGGUUAUAAAAAUCCAACCCUCUUUAAAACAGAAAUUUAACUGCGGGCUUUUGCAAAGGCAUUAUUGCCUUUACUAAAGAUAAAGGAAGCACUCAAGUUGCUGUUAACAGUAUGCGGCAAACACUGCUUGCUCACUUGCCUCAAAGUCAUUUACUGUAGGAGAUAAAUCACGCUCGAUAGGACUGUGUAAAGAAUGUUCUAUGUGUGUGUGUAUUAUGUACAGUAUAGAAAUUACACAGUGCAGAUAUUCAUCUCAAUGUUGUCUGUGUUCAGUCAACAGAAUUAUUCUGAAGAAUGUGCUUCAACUGUUGAUUGUAUUUGGGCAGCACAACACAUAUUCAGAAUGGACCCAGAACAUGUAAGAUGCAGGAAAUUAAGCAUUUUUGACAAGAGGUGGAGAGGAAAGGUAGCAUCUGAGUUACAGUUAGGAAUAUUUAACUCUUAUUUCUUAUUUAUUGGUGCAUGUGGAAACUGACACCUUGCUAAUUUUGCUUAGAAACUGCAUGCCAUUGUGCUUUUUUUGGAUUGUGCUAUUUGGGAGGUGGGCUGUGCUAAGCCUGUUUCAGCACCACUCCCCCCUCAGAUGUGUUGGAAAUGCGAACAAGGAGGGCUAGAGGUGGUGGAAACCGGUACUGCACUGACUUGUUGAAUUUUUACCUCCCCUGCUGCUGUCAUUGUGGAUAUCAUAAGAGAAGACACUGGACCCCCUUUUUGCUGAUUGCCUUUGUCCUGGUAGCGGUUUUUAGAGAUUCUUUUGCUUCUAGAUCGCCGUGCUCAAUUGUUGAUUUGACAGUGCUGUGGUUCAUUGUUAAGACGAAGCUGAUCUGUGUUAGAUGUCUACUGGGGUAUGUGCAGUGAGGAUGUGACAAAGAGAUGAAGAGAGUGUUAGGUGAGAGAGAGAGGCAUGCAUGGAGGGGAUGAGAGAGCGGGGGACAAAGAGAGAUAGUGUGUGUGAGACAGAGAAAGCAAAGUAGGCUGUUGCAUAAGAGACAGGUUACAGCACCCACAAGCCUGAGAGAGGUUGUCGCACCUGCAUACAGAAACAAACGAGAGGCGAGAGCGCCGCCUCUUCUCCUCACCUGCCAAAGUGAGAUCAGGGUCAAUGAGUCUGAUAGAAAAUAUCAGAUGUUGAAUUCCCUUCACUUUGGUAUCAGCAGAAGGAUUAACAGUAUGUGAGUGAAGCCGGACGAGGCCACUCUUAGUUUUCCUCUCGGACUACAAUGGAGGUGAAUGAAAUUCAGCCCUGCAGCAGAGGAAUCUUUACACUGACUUUUAUUAGGGAGUUAUCUUGUGUAUCUAUUCAAUAUUAUGCAAAUGCAGCUUAAUGCACCCCUGCAAUCCAAUCAGUGGCCUGUGUACCCCCCAUGGAAACUACCAAUACACUGUCUUCAAUUUGGAUUUAUCCUACAGGCUUUGUGCGAAUGUGUGUGUGUGUGCCGAUGUGGAUGUUUGCGCAUUUGAGUUUAUGCACCAGUUUAUGUGUGUGUGUGUGUGUGUGUGUGUGUGUGUGUGUGUGUGUGUGUGUGUGUGUGUGUGUGUGUGUGCAUUUAAUGUUUGUUUUGUGUGAAUGAGUGACUGAAUGCGCACGUGGAGGUGGAAACAGCUUUUGGCUUUGGUGCCUUGCUUCGAUGUGAGAAAAAAAAAAUAAAAUAAAAAAUUCGCCACAAGUGACAGAUGGCAAUUUUAGUGGCCCUACAAUGCUGCAGUCCAUUAGCUUACAUUGAAACUUCCUUUUAGUCUGUUUAAUCACUCGGCUUAGUCUGCCCCAAGAGUAGUAGAAUUAGGCUUUUCUUUAAAGCAUGGCCAAUGAUUCAGUGAGUAAAAAAAAAUAAAGAAUAGAAUGUAUAUGUUGAUGGAGCAGGCAAUGUGUGUGUGUGCAUGAGUUUGGGGGUGUUCAGUGUCUGUGAGAGUUGUGAACAAUGACCGGUGUUUGUUACUAUUGAUUAUGAGGUGUUGUUGAUUGUUUUGGUAUUGGUCGGUAAUUUAUUAAUCAGAAAAUAGCCCCAACAUAUUAUUUACAACUAUGUGCAUCACUAUCUAGAGUAAAAGGGUUUCAGAACAUGACAGAUGUUGUUCAGAUCAUAGAAAAUGCCUGUUGUUGAUAUUUCUGAAAGCGCCAAACGCCUUACUUCAGUGUUUAAUCUCUUAUCUAUCUGAAAACAAUGUGUUUUAAAAGUGAACCUUAGUACAAGUGAAAUCGUUAUACACACAGGAGUCCUUAUAUGGGGUUUUACGUUUCUCAAUGUUAUGAAAGUGUUGUAAGAUUUGUAUGAAUAAAUUUUUGUAAACAACAA